AUGCAUCUAAGUUCAGUGCGCGUGGCGUUGGCGGCUGUUUUGGCGCUGGUGCUCGGCUUGGCGGUAGCUUCGCCUUCCCCUCCUCACCACGUGGCGCGCCGCUCCUUCUUCAAACUCCAGUGCAAAGGCAUCUACGACGCCUCUAUCUUCGCCCGGCUCGAUCGCAUUUGCGACGACUGCUAUAACCUCUUCAGGGACCCCUCGCUGUACAAUCUCUGCAGGAAAGACUGUUUCACGACUGACUACUUCAAGGGCUGCGUGGAAGGAUUUAGGCAGGAAUGUUUCCAAUCGAAGCACUUCAUGGGUUGUGUGGAGGCACUGUUGCUCUUAGACGAGAAGGAAGAAAUAGAACAAAUGGUCGAUUACCUCGGGAAACGCUAA